CACUUGCAAUCUGCCACAGAUGCUGAUGAGACAAAUGAUGAUGUCAUCAUCCCACUGCUGAGAGUCAUCAGUCCACAGGAUGUCAGAGCACCCAGUGUACUAUGCAGAACCCACUGGGAGAUCCAAUUUCCUCCUGGGGGACUGCACCAUUCUUGGGGUGUCCCAUGCAGCCAAGUCAUACAGGGAAAAGCUAGUUGUCAGGACUGUUUUCUGGGCAUUUGUCACCCUUUUCAGCACAGGGAUCACUGGCUGGGCUUGUUACCUGGUGCUUGAUGACUACCUGGGCUAUCCAGUGGUUUCAGUUUUGGAGACCAGGCUGAACAAGAUCCUGGAGUUCCCCUCAGUGGCCAUCUGCAAUGCCAACCCAGUUCCUUGCAGGAUGUCAGAGCACCCAGUGUACUAUGCAGAACCCACUGGGAGAUCCAAUUUCCUCCUGGGGGACUGCACCAUUCUUGGGGUGUCCCAUGCAGCCAAGUCAUACAGGGAAAAGCUAGUUGUCAGGACUGUUUUCUGGGCAUUUGUCACCCUUUUCAGCACAGGGAUCACUGGCUGGGCUUGUUACCUGGUGCUUGAUGACUACCUGGGCUAUCCAGUGGUUUCAGUUUUGGAGACCAGGCUGAACAAGAUCCUGGAGUUCCCCUCAGUGGCCAUCUGCAAUGCCAACCCAGUUCCUUGCAGGCGGUUGUAUGAAAGGUCUUUAGACUAUCCUGCUUUGUGGGAUGAAAGCAGAUGCAGUUUGGGAAAGCAGACUAAAACUGAAAUCACCACCAUUCUGUCUGUCUAUCAAAAGAUGACUGGAAAGGUUCCCAGUGAAUAUGACAUCCUGGCUACAAAAACUGAACUCCUGAACUUGAUUGCCUUUUCUUUUGUGGACUCUCUGCCAUCCAGAGUCAUGCUGAAUGACCCAAGAAUUAAAACUGUGUUUGAUGAGCUAGAACCUUUUGUCACUGGGUAUUUCUCUCCUUCAAAAACUGCAACAAAAAAAGGGAUGGCUGACAAGUUCCACAUCAUGAAUUCGAUAAGACUGGCAAAAGAUCAUGUUUGGUAUGUUCACACAGUGACUCCUUUGAUCCGUGCAAGCUUCAAAACUGUUGCCCAGGGGGCUGACAACAAUAUGACCACCCUUGCUGUGUUGGUGGCUGCCUUCAGAGACUCUGUGAUUCAAGAAGCAGAUUUGGUGAGCAACAAUGCAAAACCAUUUGGAGAUGUUUUCAUGGACAUGUUUGUGAGUCUGCCCAUGGCUGAACAACUUGACUUGUCAGUUACCUUUGGGCAGUUGUUUGUGGAAUGCACUUUCAAAGGGAAGCCAUGUACAGAAGCUGAUUUUGCCAAGAUGAUAAACACCAAGUAUGGACAAUGCUUCUUUUUCAACUCAAACCUCAGGACUGUUUUGAACCAGGGGGAUAACUUUGUUCCAGCUGACACAUCAGUCAUUGGUGUGACUGGAGGGUUGACACUGAGGUUGAACAUUGAGGAUGAGCAAUACAUCAAGUCACCAUUCAGGGAGACCAGUGGUGCCAGGAUUAUCAUCAUACCACCAAAUACCCCCAGGAACCUUUUGGAUUCUGGUUACAGUGUACCUCCAGGAACAGAGACCAAUUUUGAGUUGAGACAAAAAGAUGUUAUGCGCCUACCCACACCAUAUCCAUCAGACUGUGUGACCUUCUGGAAUGAAACUGACUAUAACUACUAUGACAUGAAGUAUGACUACAAGGAAUGCCUGAGGUUUUGCUCAUCCCAUGAGAUCUACAGCCAGUGUGGGUGCAUGGAACUGGGUUACCUCAAGCAAUUCACCAUCCAUGGAAUGGCUAUGAACAAUGUCCCCUACUGCAUGAUGGCUGUGAAAAACUCCACUGAUGCCAUUUGUGUUGGUGCUGUGAAGCAAAAGCGCCUAAAUGACACUUCACAUGAUUUCCAGUGCUCUUGCAAACCUGCUUGCUCGUAUGAAUAUACUGCUGCAAAGUUUUCUGUGCAUGAGAUCAUCAUUGGACAAAACUGGGAAACUGUAAGGAGGACUUACCUCAAGCUCAACAUUUAUUUUGCUGCCUUUGACUCAGUCAUGGCCAGAGAAGAAGCCCAAUACUCAGUGUUCUCCUUGGCUGGUAACUUUGGUGGAGCUGCAAGCCUGAUGCUGGGUUUGUCUGGGGUGACCAUCCUGGAAGUGUUCACCCUCUUGUGGGAUAUUGGGUUCCACCUGGUGACCAAUAGAGGCAACAAGUCCAACACAAGCACCACCAGUUUUGACUACAACACCAGGAUGCCUGCUGGAGCAGCAGGACAUGCAUGGGGUGGACCACAGAUGGUUCACCCUGCUUUGAAACAACCUGCCAUGGCUACUUGACCCCUACUUUGAAAAAGAAAACUGAAAAUGCUCUGGGAUUUGAACUUUGGCUUGCACUGGAUAUUCUUGGUGGAAAUAAAACCACUUUCAAGCACACUGCAGAAGAAAA